UGUACUUUGCUCAAACUUAAUAUUGGCCGAUAAUCAAGUGACAGAAAAACAUAGCAACUUGGACAGAGGCUGAAUAUAUAUUUUUCUCCAUUUAUUUGGCCAAUAUUGACGUCAACAUGACCAGGAAGAGGGUCGUCAAACAGGAUGGUUCGUCCUCCGCAGCCAGCAAAGCUCAGAAGUCUGCAAGAGUCCAGGAGGAGGGGACACCGUCCCGAUGGUGGCUGAAAAGAGGCUUAUUGCCCCUCUCUCUUAUCUUUAUUUUGGUGCCUGUCUUGCAGAAAAUACUCCCAGAAUUAAUCCAGCACCUUGUUUACACUCACAGAAUCAGGUUACCAUUCUUUGUUGACCUCAGCCAACCUGCUGAUCUCUCCCUUAAUCACACCAUCAACAUGUACUUAACAUCAGAGGAAGGAAUCUCCCUUGGCGUAUGGCACACUGUCCCUGAAAGUCAGUGGAAAGAGGCACAGGGGAAGGACUUGGCAUGGUACCAGAACACUUUAAGCAAUGGAAAUCCGGUUUUCAUAUAUCUUCAUGGGAACACAGGCACAAGGGCGGCUCCUCAUCGGGUGGGAGUGUCAAAAAUAUUGAGCGCACUUGGUUACCACGUGCUGGUGCCUGACUACAGAGGGUUUGGAGAUUCCACCGGGGAGCCGACUGAAGCCGGUCUGACCACUGAUGCCCUCUACUUGUAUAACUGGGUCAAAGCACGGAGUGGAGACAGCCUGGUUGUCAUCUGGGGACACUCUCUUGGCACUGGAGUGGCCACUAACGCUGCAGCAAAACUGAUUGAGAAAGGUGAGGUUUUUGAUGGUGUGAUGCUGGAGGGUGCAUGUGAUACUACUCAACAUGAGAUGCUAAUUCAUAUUUUUAGCUGGUAUUACUGGAAGUUUCCGGGCUGUGGAUACUUGUUCCCGGAGCCAUGGGCAGAAAACAAGCUUGUCUUUCCUACUGUGGAAAAUUUGAAGAAAAUGAGAAGCCCAAUCCUUUUUCUUCAUUCAGAGGACGAUCACAUCGCUCCCAUUCAUGAUGUUCAGCAGAUGCACCAGUUAGCAGCGAGUGUCCAGAAUGCAGAACGAGUCAGGCUGGUGUCAUUUGAAGGUUCUCUGGGGUAUCUGCACAACGGCUUAUACAGAGACCCCCGUCUGCCUGAUAUCAUAAAGAAGUUUGUGCUGUCACUGUAAUGUUGGAAAGAUGGCUGAAGAAGACUUGACAGACUUAAGACACAAUGCAGUGGUUUCAUUUGAUCACACACUUCAUUCAGAUUUAUAUGCAUAAUAAUUAUGUGAUUUAAAUACUUAAUUUUUUUGUGAAUCCAGAAUUUUUGUUUGCAUUAUUUUAAGAAUAAAUGCAAAAAUUGUUCAGGCAAACUGAUAUUAAAAUGUGUUUUUAGAUCAGUUACAGUUGUUCAAAAUAAGAUUUACUUGCUAUGAGCCUGUUUCUCCAACCCUUAAUCUGUGGGCAAUUUAUUGUAAGUGAUCAGAACUGGAAACAGCAAUUCCCAUUGGAAGUCCAAUUUGUGUGAGCCAUUUUAAUAGGUGCCCUCUGAUGGACAUUGUUGUGGGGUAUUAAUGCUCAUCUAUAAUACUGGAUAAUGAGUUCAGUAAUCCAAGGCUUAAGAUGUCUAAGUGUCAGUGACAUUUCAGAGCAACACAAGGAGAGCAGCUGGGGAAUGUCUGUGGUGCUGAAAUUCUUUUAGUUUAAUCACAGAAUAUAAAGUGCAUUCAGAUACGUUUGAAGAAUCUAAGUUUAAAUGUCAUUGCAGUUCACUUACAAUAAAUCUGACUACCUGUC